CUUUUCAAUAUUUUACCCUGCAAAUUUCGCUGCAGCCUAAUUGGAGAUGGCCGCUAAAAAGGUCUCCCGGUUCACACACUUCUCCUGCCAGACGCAGCAGAUAAAACAAGCUUCACAAUGGGAAGAACUGGCCCCGGAGUUUGACAGUAUAAAUGAAAGUUCAGCUGCAGGUACCUGGUGGCUUGACGUCCACGAUGCCACAGAAACAGACGUGGCCGCUGUGGCUCGCAGGUUCUCUAUCCACCCUCUAACGGUCGAGGACAUCGCCCUGCAGGAACCGCGCCAGAAGAUUGAGACAUUCCCGGGCUACUAUCUCAUCUCGCUUCGGACUUUGACAUCGCCGCUUGACGAUGAUAAUGCAGAGCCAAAGCAGCAAGAGCAUCUUCCUCCGACGCCUUCUGGUAUGACGAUGCUCUACAUCUUGGUGUUCAGUGAGGGCACAGUGACCUUUUCCGCCGGUGGAUGCGAGCACGCAUCUCGCGUUCGAAGUCGAAUCUCGAGACUCCAUGAUCCGUCCGUGCUCUCAAGUGACUGGAUCUGCUACGCGAUGUUUGACGACGUAAUCGACAGCUUUGCGCCAUAUAUGGACACUAUCUCGCGGCAGUCCGAGUCUAUCCAAGACGAGAUCUUCACAGCCCGCGACGAUGACAUGGCGCCGUUGAUGCUGCGAAUCUACAGUAUCCGCAAGCGGAUCAACCACCUCACGCACUCAUUGUCAGGCAAAUCGGAUGUACUCAACGGUUUCCUCAAGCGGUGCCAGACAAAGGCCUUACAACAUACAUUCCCAGAGGGAGAUCUGCUCGUCUACUUAAGCGACGUCCAGGACCAUCUAGUGACGAUCCUUGGGGAGCUGGCGCACUUGGAUGAAAUCACGAGUCGCCUGCAAUCGAACUUCCUUGCACAGACCGGGGUAAACAAUAUGCGGCUGAGUGUCCGAUUGAACAAUGGACUGAGCAAGGUGACCGUGCUCGCCACGAUAUUUGUGCCGCUGCAAAUGAUCACGGGGCUGUUUGGGAUGAAUGUCACGGUGCCGGGGCAGGAAGUCGAGUCGUUGGCAUGGUUCUUUGGAAUUGUAGGAGUCUUUGCUUCGGUCAUCCUCAUUGCUUGUUGUGUCGCUGUGCGGCUGAGGUUGUUAUAGAGAGAGCAGAUAGUGCCUGUUAUGCCAUAGGCGUAGCUCACGGGUUGAAGAUAUAAGAAGUAUCGAUCUAGUACAAGUACCAUUGGUAUGUCUUUACUGCUAUACCUCGGUAUAUAGACUAGUG